AUGUUUUGGCAACACCACAACCUUCGGCGACAUCACAGCCUUUGUCUUGGGAACCUCGUCAUCUUUGAAUUCGACUCACUGUCUUCGAUAACCUAUCGCCGUCAAAGAUGGAUUUUUUCGCCGUCGGUAUUUUCAUCAAGCUCAACAAUAAACAACAUCAACAACAUCAAUAAACAUAACAACACACAAUCUCACGAUUUAUAG